AUGUCAACUAGAAAUAUCCUACUAUGUAUUAUAGCUACAGCUGCUAUAAGUAUAGGAUUAGUUGAAACUUAUCAUAAAUAUGAGAAAAAGAAUAAGAAGGAAUCACUACCGUUGAAGAAGAAAAAUUCACAAAAUGAAUAUUCUGAAGAAUUAAUUCGUGAACAAUUAGCUAGAAAUUAUGCAUUUUUAACUGAAGAUGGUAUGACAAAUGUACGAAAUCAAAGAAUUAUAGUCGUUGGUGCUGGUGGUGUUGGUUCUUGGGUUGCUACAAUGUUGGCAAGAUCAGGCGUUGAAAAUUUACGUAUCAUUGAUUUUGAUCAAGUUUCAUUAAGCUCAUUAAAUCGUCAUGCUGUUGCAAAUCUAAAAGAUGUUGGUAUUUCAAAAGUUGAUUGUUUAAAAAAUCAUUUAUUGGAAAUUUGUCCUUGGAUUAAAAUCGAUGCAAUUAAUCAAUUAUGGAAUUUAGAAUCAAGUAAGGAAUUAAUUUUUGGAGGUGAUUUUAAACCUACUUUUAUUGUUGAUUGUAUUGAUAAUUUAGAUACUAAAUGUGAUUUAUUAACAUUUUGUCAUCAAGAAAAUUUGCCAAUUAUAUCGAGUGGUGGAGCUGCAACAAAAUCAGAUCCAACAAGAAUUAACUUGGGAGAUAUUUCUAAAACAGAAGAAGAUCCAUUAAUGAAAAAAAUUAGAAUUAUUCUUAAAAAAAGAGGUAUUGUUCAAGGUAUACCCGUUAUAUUUUCUGCUGAAAAACCAGAUCCAAGAAAAGCAAAAUUAUUACCAUUACCAGAUGAAGAAUUUGAAAAAGGUUCAGUUGAUCAAUUAAGUGCAUUAAAAGAUUUUAGAGUUAGAAUUUUACCUGUAUUAGGUACAAUGCCAGGAAUGUUUGGAUUAGCAAUUGCAACUUAUAUUUUAACUAAAGUAUCAAAUUAUCCUAUUGAACCAAUAGAAGGAAAGAAUAGAUAUAAAGUUUAUGAUGAUUUAUUACAAUCAUUAGCUGGCCAACAACAAAGAAUAGGAAUGCAAGAAGCAAGAGUUAAAUUAUCGACUUAUGAUACAAAUUAUUUGUUAGAAGAAGUAUUUAGAGGAAAAUCACCAAUUUCAAAUUAUUCAACAAGAUUAACAUUAUCAAUAUGGGAUCCAUCAAAACCUGUAAGUUGUCAAAAUGUAGUUAUAAUGACAAAAGAUGAACAAAGAAAUCAUGAAAAAAGAGUGUUAAUAGGUGGUGAAUCGAUACAAGAUGUUUAUUCAAAAGAUGUAAUAGAGCUAGUUGAAUCUAGAUUUGAAGAUGAAUUGUAUUAUAGUAAAUUUAGAUAG